CUCUACCGUGCGCUAGUUCUGAGUAUUCUGAUCGCUCCCUGAGAGAGCUCGUCGCGGCGGUUGCAGAAGAAGAUUGCAAGAUGAAGUUCAACAUCGCGAAUCCCACCACUGGAUGCCAGAAGAAGCUCGAGAUCGACGACGAUCUGAAACUGCGAGCAUUUUGGGACAAGAGGAUCUCACAGGAGGUCAUCGGAGAUGCACUCGGUGAGGAAUUUAAGGGCUAUGUCUUCAAAAUUACCGGAGGUUGUGACAAACAAGGAUUUCCAAUGAAGCAGGGAGUGCUGACUCCUGGUCGUGUUAGACUUUUGCUUCACAGGGGAACUCCUUGCUUCCGUGGAUAUGGAAGGCGUAAUGGAGAGCGUAGGAGAAAGUCUGUUCGUGGGUGCAUUGUCAGCCCAGACCUCUCUGUUUUGAACUUGGUAAUUGUGAAGAAAGGUGAGAAUGAUUUACCAGGAUUGACUGAUGUUGAGAAGCCAAGGAUGAGAGGCCCAAAGAGAGCAUCCAAAAUCCGUAAACUGUUCAACCUGUCUAAGGAGGAUGAUGUUAGGAAGUAUGUCAACACCUACCGUCGUACAUUUACGACAAAAGCUGGGAAAAAGGUGAGCAAAGCUCCCAAGAUACAAAGACUGGUCACUCCUCUUACGCUCCAAAGAAAGCGGGCAAGAAUUGCUGAUAAGAAGAAGAGGAUUGCCAAGGCAAAAUCUGAGGCAGCAGAGUACCAGAAACUCCUUGCCUCCAGGUUGAAGGAGCAGAGAGACCGCCGCAGUGAGAGUUUGGCCAAGAGGAGAUCCAAGCUUUCCAGUGCUGCUAAGGCAGCUGUAUAAGCUGCUUUCGAUAGAGAGAUAUGGUGAAGUUACAUCAUAUGUAGUUUUUGUUUGCUAUUUUAUGACUGCUGUUGUUAUGAUAAACUCGGGUUUUGCUAUUUUUGAUUACAUUGAGUUAUUCAAGUAUUUCUUACGCAGUGUUACGCAUUGAAUCAUAUUUAACUAGUUGGAAUAUGUUAUCCAUUUCAAGUUAUUUUAUGUAUGAGGAGAUUUAUUCAUAUUGUGGCCAUCAAAA